UUAAUUUGGUGAUGGAUAAUAAAGAAGAAAUAGAUAUUCAGUUGAAAGACAUACACCUUGUGUACGGGCUUCCAAUAGGAGGAAGGAAAAUAGUGGAACCGAAGAAGGAAGAAGAUGAAGAAUGGGUUUCAUUUCUGAGAACAUGGAGGGGAUUCUUUAACAUGGAAAGUGGAAGUCCAUACCUGUCAAAAGUAUUAGAUAGGUUGAAUGAGUUAUGUGAAAAAGACUUGUGUGAUGAAUUUUUAUGGCAUUUCAUGGUGUGUGUAGUGAAUACUUGUAUAUGCUCAACAUCAAGACCGGAAGUGGCAUACAAGUUUCUGUAUAGCAGCAUGGACAUACAGAAAAUUCCUGAAUUAGACCGGUGCCAUUACACUUUUGUAAAUAUGAAGAUAGCUGCUGAAAAAUGGAAAGGAGGAAAUUCUUAUUUCACUGGACCAUUGCCUUUCUUACUGAUUACAUAUUUUGACCGGUUGCAAAGGGAGAAGAUUGUGCAACCAAGAGAGUUCCCUCUCCUUUCAGUCUGGAACAGUGAGAGGAUAGAAGAAAGAAUGAAGAUUGAAAACAAGAGGGGCUUUGGAAAGGGGGUUGUGCUCAAAAGAAUAACUUAUGAAGGAUUACCAGAAGAACAAGUUGAAGAACACAUAUACCAGAAAGAUCCUCACUUGCAAUCAGGCUCAUCAACUUCAUCCUACAACAUUAUGGGCUUUCUGGACAAAUUUGGGGAUUUGGCUAAGGCACUGGCUUCAAAUAUCAACGAGAAGUAUGUUAUGGUAGAUAAAGCAUCUGACCUUUUCGAAGAAGGCGAUACAGCAGAGGAACUGAAAAGGCUGGUCGAUAAUAUUUGGAGCAAGUACACAAAUAAGCCAACUGAGCCAAUUCUGCCGGAAGCACAAGAAAAAGUCAAGAGUCCUUCAAUUCUUAGCCAGGACAAACAAAUGUUUGAUGAACCUGGAUUCAUUGAGGAAUCGGACGUGGUAAUGGCUAAGGUAUGGGAAGGUUACCAAGAAAGAAUAGGUAUGAGUAAGAAAUUUGUCAAGCCACGUCCAACAAAAAAGAAAAAGAAGGCAAGAGAUGAAUCUGAUAUACUAGGCUUCAAAUUGUUGACCCAAAGCCAAACCGAUGAAGAAGAAGAGCAACCCGUCCCAUUUGCUACAACAACGACACACAUCUUUGUUCCAGAAUAAGAAUCACCAGUGAUCCUUAGUGAUAUUCCAUCUUCAUCUGCAUUAAAACCAACAGAAGUGAUUUCUCUCGACAGUGCUGAAUCGUUUGAAAAUAUGGAUUUGGAUUUGGACUUGGAUCUGGCACUUGGAGUUCAAAAAUCCUUGGAAAAUACAGCAAACAAUGUCAAAAGCCAAGAACCAACAGACACAGAAAAUGCAACAAACAAGCCAAGUUCGGGUAAAGAUGAUGACCUUAAGGAAAGAGCGUCUGAUGUUGUUCCAACAGAGGCUACUUUGGGUAACAAUGAUCAGCAAAUGGGAACAGAAACUACUAAAACACCAACUGGUUUAGAUAUUGAUGGAAAGCAAGCUGGUUCGCCAAAAUAUGAGGAGCCAAAACAGAAAAUAGAUGAGCAGGAGGGGUAAUUACACAUAAUUUAUUGUAAUUCCUAUUUUGGAAA